AUGCCUGGUGGAAAUGGACAGACUUUAUCCAAGCGAAAACAUCAUGGCGUCUGCGUCUUCCCCGGUCUGCUUGUGGCGCUCUGCUGCCUGGAGGCGUGGGGCUCCGGGGCGCACGGGCCCGGCGGCCGCAGCUGCGGCCCCUGUCCCGUUAACUGCAGCUGCGCGCCCGCGGGGCCGCAGCAGCCGUGCGUCGUCAACUGCUCCAACAUGGGGCUGGAGAGGGCCCCAGCGGCGGGCGACAUGCCUCCAUCCGUCAGCGUGCUAGAUCUGUCCAAGAACCACAUCUCCUCCCUUGAUACCAGCCUGUUGGAUCGUCUCACGGGCCUCCGAGAGCUGUACCUCCAAGGAAACCGAAUCAACGUUCUCCCCAGAGGAGUGUUUUGUUGCGGGACACUUUCAGUCCUAGAUUUGAGCAACAACCAAAUUACCACCAUAGAAGAAAGAAAAUGUGACAACCUUUGUAAUUUAACAAAAAUUGACCUGAGCAGCAACCCUUUUGAGUGCGACUGCAAGCUGUUCAGGUUGGUGAAGUGGCUCCAGGAAAAAGGUGUGCAAAUUAGACGCCCCCAUGCCAUGCUGUGCAACCACCCCCUUCAACUGCACCACAAGCCGUUGCUCAAUGUCAGCUCGCUCGCCUGUGGUUCAAGCUACGCCGGUUGUCUUGAAGACGGUGGCAGCGGAGGAGGAGGAGGACGAAGUGAGCUUGUGAUCUUCACUUUAUCCAACCCUGGAAACUACACGCGUGAGCAGUGCAACAGUUUGUGUUUUGGUUCAUCGCACCUCUACGGCGGCUUGGGAAACAGACGCGAGUGUCUUUGCAGCACAAACAAUGAGCCCAACUUCAUCAGCGGCUCUCGGUGUUCAGCUGCCUGCACGAAUCCCGACGUUAUGAUGGACUGUGGGUGGACUCUGGCUCGUGAUGUGUUUGCGGUGGAGUUCUCCGUCUCGAUACGACCUCUCCCGCUGCAAAGUGUUCACGACCGAAUCCUUUUCUCCGCCGCCUCCUCUGUCACGCCUGUCACGCUCUCCUGGGAGUUCGGCGACCUUUCGUCUCGGGUCAACACCACAGGAGCAGGUGCCGCCGCAGCAGCGCACAAAUACGGACUUCCAGGACGCUAUGCAGUCAGUUUGAUGGCCUGGGUGGGACACAAAGAGGCGUCUGCACGCACACAAGUGAGCGUGACCCUUCCUCCCAAACUAGAACUACACUGUCCAGAUCUCGUUGUGGCCAAUAAGAGUCUUGAUGUCACGCUCGUCAGUUGGGGCGGUGUUGGCAUGGAUGUGGAGUGGGCGAUCACGAAAGACGGCGUCCAGGUCGCCAAAGCCUCUCCUAACUGCCCAGACGAUGGAGUGCGCCACGACGAGUCCUCAAGCUGCUUCGAGAUCCUUCAGGAGGAGCUGAGCUGGACGGACGCUCGGCGGCAGUGUCUGAACCGCGGCGGGGAUCUGGCUAUAGUCAGGAGUGACGCUCUGCGUAACCUGCUGGCAAACAAAGUCACGCAGGAGCGAGGUGUGUGGCUGGGCCUCAGUGAUGUCAGCUCUCCGGGCAAACUGCGAUGGGUGAACGGCUCCGAGGCACAGGAGGACGAGGAGGCUCUGCGACCUGGCUCUCCCUUCUCCCCUGGAAACCUGUGUGUGUCCAUUAAUCAACACGGGCAGACCAGUUCACACCUGUGCAACGCCAAACGGGCCUACCUCUGCCAGUACAUUUCACAAGUCCGUGUUCCAGAUGCUGGGGUGUACAUGAUUGGCGUGUCUGUGUUCCCAUCCCAUGAGACUCUCCAUCAGGUUUCCUCUACCUCACUCACUGCUCCACAACCACCCAGAGCCGUAGAGCUGUUGAUGUUUCCUGCAAUGAGCUUUGUUUGGGAAGGUCGUCUGUCUUCUCUGGAGUUUAUCACCCGGGAGCUCAGCUCACAAGUCCACGUCAGGUUCCAGACCUAUAGACCUCACUGCCGUUAUCCAGGCCAGCACCUGCUGCUGCCCAUUGCUCUUUGUGUCCCUAAUGACACAGUGAGCAGCAAUCCUCCCUUUUGCCCUCCACUGGAGCAAUGGUGUCCCUUCCAGCGCCGGUGCUUGCCCCUGUCGAGUCCCUGUCAGUCGUCCUCCUGUCCUAACUGCACCCAUGGUCACCACCUGCCACCUGGGACGUGGAGGCCCCAAUACCUCCUGCAGAACGAGGUAGUCUUCACUCUUCCAGCCGGACCAGCAGCACACAUACAGGUACAAGACCAGCUGGAGAACCUCCUGGUUUCACGUGGAGAUGUGAUUGCCCUGCAGCAUGACAGCGGACCGUCCUCUCUUCUUCAGUGUCAGUCUUCUCCUCAGUCCUUGUGGCGACAGCCUGUUUUAGCCCUGAACCUGUCGGAGUGGUUCUGGGUCAACAGCACCAGACAAUCGUCAGAUUUUCCAGCCGACCUCACGCCUGAACCGGAGCUGGACGCCGAGACUCGUGUGGAGAACGGGGAGGGGAACUGGUUGGAAGAGGAAUUUUGCCCCAUCAGAGUGCUCUAUGUGGGCCACAAUAAGACCCAGCUGCAGGGAGCACAGCUGUCUGCUGGUUUACCCCAGCCCGGACACUACAGCCUGCUGGUUUCCUCCAUUGAGCCGUCAUACCCAUCCUCAGCAUCAUGCCCACUGUGGGUGGUUCCUCCUCUUGGCUUGACCAUCCUUGACCCGCCUCCGAAGAACGGAACCAUCUACCUACAGCCCAACAGCGCCCGACUUCUGCUCCGCGUGCAGUCUCGCUACGUAACAAGGGCCUCUAGGCGUGGCAGCGAUCACAGCGUGACAUUCCAGUCAGAAUGCCCCCCUGAGUUCUUGUCCACUCCAACACUCUGCCAGGAUGGUCGAAGCUCAGGGUCAAAGGUCACAGUUUCAGAGCCCAGCCUGUAUGCAGUGCUGGAUUUGAGCCUGGGAUCAGAGGAACAGAGAGGUCCAGUGCAGGUGGAGCUGGAGGCCCACAGUAAUGUGACAGAAGACAGCCUGACAGUGAAAGUUCACCUGGAGGAGCCACUCGGGGACCUGAUAGUGCAGCCCGAUCCUACAAACAGGGUGCUGAUGGAGUCAGUGGUGAGUUACAGUGCGUCGGUGCGUCAAGGUUCCAAUCCCACAUUUAAAUGGACUGUAGACGACAAGCCGUAUUUCACCUAUUACAACACUGUCCUCAACGUCAUCUACCAGCACGCUGCCAUCUACAAACUAACGGUGACGGCCAUGAACCACGUCAGCAUCAAAACGAAGCAUUUCAACGUAACUGUGGAUCGGCGGCAGCCCAUGACCAACCUCACAGUCAAAGGGGUGCCAGAUGUGGUCCCUCAGGGAUCGAACCUGACUCUCACCACCUCUGUUCUCGUGGACAUGUCUGUCACAGCUACCUUCAGAUGGUCUUUCGGUGAUGGUGGAUAUGAAGAGUAUGAGUUCAAGCCUCCUUAUUCUCAGUUCCCCCUCUGUCCAGACUCUCCGAAUCAAGUUCUCCUGAGUAAAACCAUCAUCUAUAACUACUCCCAGCCAGGAAUAUACACAGCGCUGGUGUCGGUGUCCAACCGUUUCGAGAACAUCAGUCAGAGCAUCAACAUGAGUGUUUACAGCAUCCUCACACGUGUCAACAUACAAACUGAACAACAGCUCCUCCUGGCAAGAAAAUCAGCUGGUUUUGAGGCGCACCCUCUGCCUUCGGCAUAUGGCAUUCACUUUGACUGGAACUUUGGAGAUGGCACCCCUCUCCAACACGGUCGCCGCGUGGCGCACACCUUUCCACAAUAUGGCAGCUUUAACGUCUGUGUGUCAGUAAACAACACCAUCAGUUUUACUUCGACUUGUGCCGAGAUGUUUGUGUAUGAAGAGAUUGAAGACCUGACGGCUCACAGCUCCUCUCCCACAGAGUUGCACAGUUCCACUACAGUGCAGGCGCACCUUGGUUCUGGUAAUGAUAUCAAAUGGACAUUCUCAAUGGGCGAUGAAAACAUUUAUUUUCCAACUGAACCUCAUGUGUCACACAAAUACAACAAAGAAGGCAACUACACCGUAAACGUGACUGCCAUGAAUGCUGUGAGCUCUGGCUGGACGAUCCUUUCUGUUCACGUCUAUGUCUUUCAAGUUGUAAAGAUUGAGCCAUCAGGAUGUGUCCAAGAGCGCACCAAUGUCAACUUUCAGGCCUGGGUGUCUGGUAAUGCAUCGCUUCCUCUUUAUCAAUGGAGCUUUGGGGAUGGAAGCCCCAAUGACACACACAAAGGUAACCCGAGAGUCUCACACAGCUACAGGACAAGUGGGAUGUACCAUCUCUCUCUGCACUUGUCCAGUGGCGUCAACGAGGCUACAAAAGCAAAUUUCUUCAAACUGGUAUGUGUGCAGCCAGCUUUGUCCAAUAUCAGCUUCAUUCCUGAGAAGUCUCGCUAUGCAGUCGGAGAGGAAAUACAGUUCAAAGUCAGAACUGAACCUGAAUUUAACCUCAGCUAUCAAUGGGACUUUGGUAGGGAGGAAGACCUGACGCCAGUGCACCGUUCUGGAAACAUUGUCACAAUAUAUAAAAAACCUGGUCGCUAUAUAGUGACAGUGCACGUUUUCAAUAACAUAUCUGCCAACAGCAAAAGUGCAGUAAUUGAUGUUCUGAUGCCCGUUGGACCAAUUAUAAUUCAUCAUAAUAGCACAAAGUACAACAUUCUGACACUAGGAGCCCCAUACACUUUCAUGACGUCUUCUUUGGCGUCCGAUGCCACUUACGCCUGGAAUUUUGGAGAUGGAAAAAUACUCACAGGCCAGAACGUCCUCCAUACUUACAUCUUCUCUGGAAAGUACAAUAUCACACUGAAAGCAUCUAACACCGUCAGUCAGAACAGCACUGUUUUACAGGUUACUGUGCUUGCACCGAUUCGAGGACUGAAAAUCAACGCCAGCUUCAUAAAUGUCCGUCUGAAUGCUUCAGUGCAUUUUGAGGCCCACAAAGAUGAGAGUGACGAUGAUGUCCGGUACUCUUGGAUACUGUGCGACCGUUGCACCUCCAUCCCAGGGACCAACAACACCAUGUUCUACACCUUUCGCUCUGUUGGCACCUUCAAUAUCAGUGUGACAGCAGAGAAUGAUAUUGAGACAGCACAGGCAAGCAUCAUCUUGUUUGUUCAACGUGAGUUGGAGGGUUUGCAGAUAUUAGCCGAGGACAUCAAAGGAGGUGGGAGCGCAGGGUUGAAUAGCUGCUUUUAUGCUACAAACAAAGUUCUUCAUCUUCAAGCAGGACUGAAGGAGGGUACCAACAUGACUUUUGCAUGGAACGUCAUCAGAAAGUUGGACCCCGACAGCUCAUUCAAUGCAAGUGGGAAAACUGUGGAGCUUAAUUUUUCCAAGCCAGGUCCAUGUGAGAUCUUUCUGCAAGCAGCGAAUCGCCUCGGCCAGCUGUCAGUCAACAAAACCAUCUCUUUUGUCGAACCAGCUGGAGGAGUGACUCUGCUGAUCAGCAAUGACCGAGUAGCUGUUGGCGUUUCAACGAACAUGACUGUGCAGGUUUUGGAAGGUUCAGAUCUGCAGUAUCGGUGGCUCGUGAAUGGGAACCGUCUAAAGUGGAGCGGGCCCUGGUUGGAACACUCCUUCACCAGUCCAGGUCUAAAACAAGUGUCUGUGGAGGUCUCCAAUGACAUUAGCUCAGAGGUUGCAUCAAAAAGUAUUCAUGUUCUGGAAGUCAUUUCUGGGUUAAGUUUCUCAGCUACCCACGUGGAUGAGCAGAGUUUCGUAGCAACGGGAGUCGGCAUCACUCUGCAGGGGAAUGUGAAAACAGGAACCGAUGUGACGUGGAUGUGGCUGCUGGAAGGAAGAACUCAAGCAGGAAGGCAAACCUCUGUGAUUUUCUCAGAGCCAAAGACGGCCAUCAUUACGUUGAAUGCCACUAAUGACGUUAGUGGAGAAGUGGUUUCCAGGGAGUUCUUUGUUCAGGACAAAAUUCAGGGGUUGGAUCUGAGGGCGAGCAAGACAUUUGCAGCUGUCAACGAAAAGGUGGAGUUCACUAUUCUGGUGACAGGGGGUACAGACGUUAAUCUGAUCCUCAGCAUCAGUGGGGACGCAACAGUUUUCCCUCAGCCUAACCAAACCUACACUCACGUCUUCAGCAGGGUGGAUACCUACAUGGUGAACCUCACCGCUCACAACCAGGUGAAUUCCAAAAGUCGACAGCUCCAGGUGGAGGUGAUGGAGCCGGUGAGUGGACUUUCCAUCCAGGGAAUCAGCCCAGUGAUCCCUGUGGGAGUAACAAGAUCAUUUUUGGCCAAAGUCCUGACAGGCAAACCUGUUAGUUUCCUGUGGACCUUUGAUCUCCACCACAACCACCACAAGAAAUCAGCCGUGGCUAAAGAGGUGCCUUAUACUCCAGAUGAACCAGGCUUGUUGAUCAUCUAUCUGAAGGCUUUCAACAACAUACACAGUCAGAACAUCACCAAACGCAUACUGGUGCAGAACCUUCUGAGGUCUGCCAGCUUAUAUGCAGUUCCACAAGACACUUUCAUCAACAAGAUGGUCACUCUGAUGGCGUCUGUCACGCCCAAAUCGAAUCCUGUGGAGUGCCUGUGGGACUUCGGUGAUGGCACGACACCGCUUCUCACCAACACCACCACCGCUGGUCACACGUACCGACACCCAGGACACUAUCUGGUUCAAGUAAACUGCAGUAACCUGGUGAGCUGGGUUUUGUCUCAGGUGGAGGUAAACAUCCGCGUUUUAGAGUGUGAUGAGCCGGAAGUACACGUGGUUCAGAACCGCCUGGUCAUCUGGCGCUCCCAGUCCACUUUGGUGGAGGCCAGCGUGGAUCUGAAAGGCUGUAUACGCUACGGAGCUCAGUACCUCUGGCAGAUAUUCUCAGCAUCCUCCUGUAGUGAAGACAUCAUGAGAGACGGUGCUUUGCUCCCUGGAUCGGAGCCGUCUCAGUUCUCUCCUGGCAGAGCAGUUCGUCUGCUGGCAGACGUGGAUGUGCGGCGGCUGCAGCUGCUGUUACCAAAGAUGGCUUUGGCAGCGGGGAACUACAGCUUAGUGUUUUCUCUGUCCUACGAAGGUGUUCCGCUGAGAAAGGCUGCCUGUCUGCACCUCAGCGUCAUGGCUGCAAAACUGAAGCCCAUCAUUGAGGGAGGGACUCACCGGGUGUGGUCGAGGACGCAGGACUUGCAGCUCAGUGCGGAGCAGUCCUACGACCCCAACAUGGACCCAGACAGUCAGUCUCUGCUUCAUUACCACUGGGAGUGCCAAAGUACUUCUAAGGGUCCAGAGCACUGCUCCAGUCUGAACUUUGGCCUUGGCUCCAGCGGUCCAGUUCUGGGGAUCUCUAGCUCUGAGCUGGAAGCAGGUGUCGAGUACACGUUCAAACUGACCAUUGGCAAAGACGGCAUGACUCCAGAAUCCACCACACAGACUGUAUUCGUGCAGAGCGGCUACAUUCCCAUGGUGUAUCUGGAGUGUGUUUCCUGUAAGGCCCAGUCCAUUUACGAGGUCAGCCAGAACUCAUACGUCUUUCUCAGAGGAACCUGUACCAACUGCCAGGGCGUUCACCGAGGGCGCUGGAGCGCCAUGACGCUGGCCAACGAGACUCUGGUCCUGGACUCCUCCUCCACCACCACAGGAAGCGACAGCAUGAACCUGGUGCUGCGACAGGGCGUCCUGAGUAAAAAUGAGUCCUACAUCUUCACCCUGCACGUGACUGACAGCAGUUUGGAUGGCGAAGGCGCUGCCUCUAUCACGUUGCACCACAACACGCCCCCCGAAGGUGGGGAGUGUCACCUGACGGGGCCGGGUGAGGUGGGUAGGUUGACCAGGGAUGGAGAUGGCUGGAGGAUACGGACUCUGCUGGACCGGGUUCACUUCAACUGCUCAGGUUACAGCGAUCUGGGAGUGUCAGAAACGCCCUUCCUGUACAGCCUGCUGGUGACGCGCUGCAGAGAGGACUACUGCGAGGACUUCUGUGUUUACAAAGGCAGCCGUCCGGAGCACUCAGCCUUCCUGCCACCGGGCUUUGGGUCUGCCCGACACCGUGUAGCUGUUUCCAUCACGGUGGAGGACCACCAGGGAGCCGCCAGCCUCGCACUGAACAAGACCAUUGAGGCUGUGUUGCCAGAUCCACCUCCUGAGUACAGCAGUCUUCCUCAUUGGCUGUCUGAGCUGACGGACACCAAGCUCAAAAAGCUGUUGGAGCAGGGAGACUCCCAAAGGGUCCGAGAGUUAUCGCUGGCUCUCAUUACAGUCCUAAAUGAGUAUGAGCAGAGCAGGGAGUCACUGUGGGUGUCCCAAGACGAGCGCAACUACAGAGUCAAAGUUCGCAGCAACAUCACACGAGCGCUGACUUCCCUGGACCUGAAUACUGUCAGUGACAUCCAGCAGACCUCUGCUGCCUUAGCACAGUGCACGGCUGUAAGUCGAGAGUUCAUCUGUGAGGAGUGUCAGAACAGCACGUUGAACAAGCUGGAGUCCAUGUUGGAGAUUCUGCAGACGGACACCAAGCAGGGCACCGUCACACCCACUGAAAUCGCUGACAACAUCCUGAACAUCAUGGGUGAUCUGAUCCAUCAGGUCAGCCAGUCAGCCUCCCACUUAAACGUCCAGGCUGCCUACAUGGAUUCUCCUCCACCUUCCUCCACCUCCUCCUCCUCUUCUGCUGAGCAUGGAAACACCCUGUUGGAGCCCUCACCCGCCUCGCUGGAGCCUCAGUCCCUGCAUGUGGCUGCUAAGGCCUACAGCCUGUCCUCGGUCCUCAUGCUGAUCCUCAUGCACGCCCGUGUCCUCAACGAGGAGCCGCUCGUUCUCGGUGGGGCCGAGAUCGCCGCCACGGGGAAACUGGCCGACCCCCAGAGUCUGCUCUGCUACCAUGGCAACAACAGCCCAGAAUGCCAGCAGUUCUCCAUCCCCAGAGCUUUCAACAAAAGUCUCGGCAGAGCGGCUGCAGGAAGCGGCAUCAUGCAGCUACUUUUUCAGGUGGAGUCCAAUCCCUUCCCCUUCAACUACGUGUCCAACUACGCUGUCUCCACUGAGGUAGCAUCCAUGGAGUUUCGCACAGAAAACGGCACCCACAUCCCGAUCUCUGGACUCGACGACAGCAUGGCCAUCACUGUUGCCGUUAACAACGGCAGCUGUGGCGAAGCGGGCGCUGAGAGUUCUGGUUCCGGUGGAGUCCCCAUGGCCACAGCGGUUAACAUCAGCCGCUGUGACUCUGUGAUCCUCCGUGUCAGCACAGGAAACAGCAACAAGCAGGCCGGGCUCUUCGUGUGGCUUAAUUUCACCUCUGUAGAAGAUGCAAGUGAGAAGGAUAAAAGAGAAAAUGUCAAGGAGGAGCCGUAUGUGACCACCUUCCUUCAUUCCCACGAGCAACCCAACGAGUUCAACUGCACAGACAGAAAGAGGAUCACGCUCAGUAUGACCAGAGGGCAAGACCACAAAAAAUACAGCUUCUUCCUGUCACCGAGUAAGAACCCUGUUAAUUCACUGAACUGCAAUUGUAAUUUCAUAUUGAGGUGGCCUGCGGUGUUUCGCCUGGAGGCGAGGGUGUUCGCCUCCUUGUGCCAGUACUUCAGUGAGGCAGAGAAGCAGUGGAAGACAGACGGCAUGGUUCCCCUCGUGGAGACCACCUUCAGCAGAGCCGUUUGCCGCACCAGGCACCUCACGGCAUUCGCUGCAGGACUGUUUGUACCAACCAAUGCCAUCAGCUUCAAACUGCCAGAGCGUUCAGGUGCACCGAGUCUGAUCGUGCUGUUGGUGUGCAUAUUGGGCUUGCUAAGCUAUGUUGUGGCGGCAGCCAUCUUACAUAAGUUGGACCAGUUGGAUCUUCGCCGAGCUGCCGUGAUUCCACUCUGCGGCCAGAAUGGAUGCUUCAAGUACGAGAUCCAAGUGAAAACUGGGUGGAAUCGAGGGGCAGGCACAACGGCUCAUGUCGGAAUCAGUUUGUAUGGACGAGAGAGCCGCAGCGGACACCGUCACCUUGACAGCAAAGGAGCUUUCACACGCAACGCUCUUGACAUCUUUCAGAUCGCCACAGAUACUAGCCUGGGGAGUAUAUGGAAAAUCCGGAUAUGGCACGACAAUAAAGGUCUGUCCCCAGCAUGGAUGCUGCAGUAUGUGUUGGUCAAAGACCUGCAGACUGAAAGCAGCUACUACUUCCUGGUUGAGGAGUGGCUGUCUGUUGAUAAUGAGAGAACUGGUGGACGGGUGGAGUUUGAAGUGGAGGCAACAGAAGAGGCAUUGCUUCGUCGGCUGCCUCGCCUCCUGUGGUGUGAGCUGCAGAGGUCGCUGUGUGAGAGUCACAUGUGGCUGUCGCUGUGGGAGAGGCCCCCCCGCAGCCCCUUCACCCGCCUGCAGAGAGCCACAUGCUGUGCUGUGUUACUGCAGUUUGUCGUGUUGGCCAACACUCUGUGGUACAGCAUUGUGGCGGACAAGAGAUACAGCCCGAGGGCCGUGUCAAGGUUUUCCUCACUAAACGGAGAGACGGUAGCAGCAGGAGUGGUCACCUGUCUGAUCGUCUACCCGCUCUACCUUUUCGUCUUCACAAUAUUCAGAAUGAGCCGCAGUAAGUCUGUGACGGUGCAGCAGGUGCCGCCGCGAGUGGAUCAGGAGUCAGUGGAGAUCGAUGACUUCCUGGACAACUCUACCGGAGGAAGUUCUUUCCUGUCCUUCACUGAAGAGACCAACUCGGAGGAAACGAAUGUGGAUUUGCCGUCUCCGUCCAUCAACAGCGAGGACAGUUUGGACACGGAGGACGACGAGACGGACGACAGGGACUGGCCGGAGCUGUUGAGUGACGAGUUUGUGACUGGAGGAGCGGGACCCGGGGCCAGGGUGCCCAAACUGAAGAGGCGUCAAGGGAGUCGGCACCUGGGUGUGGAGAUGACCUUCAACCCCAAGGAGGAAGAGGACACUGAUCAGCGUAUCAAACAUUUCACCUCAUCCGAUGAGGAUCUUAUUAAACACAUACUAACAGAUGGACAGAACUUCUUUCCUCAGGCGGAUGAGAGCGAGAUGGUCGACCUCGCGAGUAUUUUUGGAGACAAAACGGAAGUGAUUCUCCUUCAGAAGCUGAACGAACCUCAUCCUCUGGAGUCUGUCAGAAGGGAUCCACCAAAAACAGCUUUUACAUCAAACACAGUUGUGACAGAUGUGUGCCGACCCAGACGGUUCCCUCCGUGGUGCGGGCGCGCUGCCCUGUGGGCCAGCUGGCUCGGGAUCGGACUGGCCUGCUGUGUCUCUGUUUGGGCGGGUCGAGGGUUCAGUAACACCGUGGCCAUGAUGUGGUUAAUCUCCUGUGCUGCGAGUUUCUUCUGCUCCUGUUUGCUGUUGGAGCCAAUCAAGGUGAUGUGUGAGGCGGUUUACUUUGCCGUCUGUGUGCGUCGGCUGCGUCCGGAGGAUCAGGACAUGCUGGUGGAGGGCUCCCGAGUGGAGCAGGUGGUCCAGCGGGUCACCAGGGUGAGACCACCUCAGGGCUUCGCUCUGUCUCGGGCCCGACAGCAGGCCCGUAAGGUCCACAUGCUGCACACGAUGCUGAAGAACUUCCUGGUGUACACAUUCUUCCUGCUGGUGGUUCUGCUUCUCAACUACUCGGACUCCUCCAAAGACGCUCACAGUUUUAGGCUGAGAACUCGACUACAACGGAGCCUUCUCACACCAGAGUACCGGACCAUCAGCAGCCGUGACGGCGUGCUGCUGUGGCUCAACGGGUCUCUGCUGCCGCGGCUGCUUGAUGAGUCCGUUCUUUUGCGAGACACAGGAAGUGUUCUGCUCGGCUCGCUGAGGAUUCGACAGAACCGACACACACAGGAAUCAGACGUAGUUUUGUCCCUGACUAAAGACACCGAGGACGUUCCAGUUUCUGCAGAUUGGGUGUGGCGUUUGGGUCAGCAGAGGGAGAAUAACAGCAGAGAUGCAGUUCACCAGCUGAACAGAAGCCUGAAGGAGGCCUCUUCCUUCCUACAACAGCUGCAGCAGCUGCACUGGCUCGACCACAGGACUCGGGUAGUUUUCGUGGAGUUCUCCCUCUACAACGUCAACACAAACCUACUGGCUGUCGUCUCCUUCUCGUUUGAGUUCCUAGUUUCUGAGCGCGCUCAGUCCAGCUUUGAGCUGAUUGUCUUCACUCUGUGGCCAAUCACAGGCCUGGAUCUACAACUUCUUCUCACGAUCGUCCUCCUCGGCUUGGUGUUGUAUUUCCUGGUUCGAGGGGUCUUGGGUUUUAUCAGAGGGGGCUUCAGGUACCUGCUGACGGUGUGGAGAAUCAUGGGAAUCUGCAAGUUGUGCCUGGCGGCGUCUGUGUGCGGGCUUCACCUGAGCCGCUCUGUCACAGCCACACGUCAGUGGGAGUUGUUCCUGAAGAACCCUCGAGACGACUUCACGGACUUUCACCCCCUGGCCAAGCAGAGCCAGCAGUACACCGUCAUGUCUGCGCUGCUUCUCUUCAUCCUGGUGCUCAAGGUGUCUCACCAGUUGCGGUUUCUGCGGGAGUGGGCGGUGUUUGGUAGAGCUCUGCGGCGCUCAGGCCAGGAGCUCCUGGGAGUGUCCCUGUGCCUUCUGCUGCUGCUGCUGGUUUACUCACACACGGGACACCUGCUCUUCCACUCGGUGCUGGACGGUUACAGCAGUGUGAUCUCUGCCUGUUGCUCCUUGUUGGGCGCCGGUGGGAGGGGUCUGUUGGUGUGGCGUCCUGCCGUCAUGAUGGCCGGUCCCUCCAGCACGGCCUUCUCGUUGGUGUUCCACACGAGCUUUGCCGUACUUCGGCUGGUGUUCCUGUGGCUGCUCAUCUCCGUGUUGUUGAGGAACUAUCGGCGAGCGCGAGCGGAGCUGUACUGCCCGGCUGUGGAUCUCCAAGACUACGAGAUGGUGGAGCUGUUCGUCCGACGGCUCAAAAUGUGGAUGGGGCUCAGCAGAACCAAAGAGUUCCGGCACAAAGUGCGCUUUGAGGGCAUGGAGCUGCCUCCAUCACGGUCAUCCUCCACCAGCGACUGCAAGUCUUUGCGUUUGCCCCCACUGGACGGUCCAGACUCCCCGCCCACCCCAGACAGUGUUGACUGGGGAUCCGAGGCCUCGUGGCGCCCAUCCUCUUCCAGCCCUUGCAGCCUGACAGAAGCCCCGGGGAUCAGCGUGGGGCUGGGGCUGGGGCUGGGGCUGGGCCCGGUGGUGUUGGGGGGCACUGGCUGGAGGGAGAGGGCAGAGACGGAAGCCUCCCUGAGAAGGCUCCUCCCCACCCUGGACGCCUUGCUGCAACAGCUUGACCGUGUCACCAUGGCAUCAGAGGAUCUGUACCACGUCGAGUGCAAACUGGAGCGAGUCCAGAGGAAAAGGAGGCACAAAGGGAGAGAAAGGGAAGAUGGUGGUCAGGAGGGGAGGAACGAGGCUAGACUGAAGGGGGUGGGGGAGGACAAGGACUUCAAGGAACAAACUACUGGAAACGAAAUGCACAGCGGGGGCACAAGGGGGAGAAAGUCAGAUAAAAAUGAACUUCUAAAAGAAUAUGGUGGCACUCCUGCCAACCUUAAAAAAACUCCUGUCGCCACACCUGUUCCCUUUUUAAAACCUAAACUUGCCUCGGAUCCCUCCCCCCUCCCUCAGCCAUCACCCAAAUCUCCAGUCAGCACACCUCCCGCUGCUCCUGCGCCUGCACCGUCAACAAACACUCCCCGUUUACCCAAGACUCCCACUGCACCUCCAACCGCCCACGGCCCUUUGCCCAUCACGGAGAAGCAGAGAGACCGAGAAACCCUCCCCUCCACAAGUCUGUUCAACCACCCGGCUCACACCACCACCAUCCCCACCCGCAAGAGGAAACGGAAACCCCCACCCCUCAAAAACAAGGUGCACCCAACGUAG